GAAGCAGCUGAAGCAGCUGUACAAAUACACCAUCAACUUGCAUCAAAAUGUCACUAUUCCCGGCUUUUUCUGAAGCUACGGGAGCUGAAGCUGACGAGCCACAAUCAGAAGUUUCAGCGAAUAGAUGGUUAGAAAAUUCCAGCUUUACCGAAUCGGUGCCCCUUCCAGAUGAUACACCUGAAAAAUUGGAAGCUUGUCAGCUCGAAAAAUCAUCAUCCAGUUCUAAAAGAAAGGCUGACAGUGAUUACAGACUCCACUCGUCGCACAAACGCAAGAAGGACAAAAAAUCAAACAAGGAAAUAAGCGAAUUAUUGGAAAAUAAUUACUCUGGCCACAGCAGACCCAAAGAAAGUACAAGUUUUCAAAAUGAAACCUUCUAUGUUGACACCCGGAGGGACACUUCAUACCUUUUGUGUGACUUCGUGGCAGGCCCUCAUCAACCAAAAUAUAAGAAAAUUGUUAAACGACCUUUGGGAUGGAGGAAAAGCAACCGGUCUCACUGGAUCAAACCCAAAAGAUAUUACUCCUCAAAGCACAAACAAGAAUAUGAGGAUUAUGAAGAUGAAAAGGACAGGCCAAAGUGGGAUCAUGACGUUGCCAUGGAUUUGAAAUCGACUACUGAAAAACUCAACAGGGCAAUCCAUGAGGACCCCAUGAAUAUUCAAGCUUGGCUGAAGCUUGUCCAGAUUCAGCCCUCUUUGCUCUCACUGCAACCUCGACACGGUCAGUGUUCCCUGUCGGCAUCGGAAAAAAGAGCUGUGGCCGACAAGCAGAUUGCCAUUUUAGACAGGGCUCUGGGCAAGAAUCCUACCAACAUUGAGCUGAUCAAGGAGAGGUAUGGUUUGGCUAGUGGUUUAGUUCCAGCAGACGAACUGGCAAAUCAGCUGCGAAAAUAUCUCAGUCGAGAGCCGUUUUUGGUAGCCGGCUGGCUCGAGUUGGCCAAAAUCGAGAGAUCUCAUCUGGCAAGCUGUUCCAUCCCUAAGAUUAUUCUCGUUUUCUCCUCUGCAAUGGAUGUCGUCAACGGCUGGAGGAAAAAACACGCGAAUGCUGAAGUUGAAAGGGGCAUACUUGAACUGGUUUUGGCGUGCGGAAUCUUUCUCCAGGAAGCUAGCCUGCAGGAGCAAACUUGGGUUAUGCUGCGGCUAUACACAGAAAUGUCACUCGGGGAGUGCAGGGACCCAAAUGGAAUUGCAGAACUGCAAAACAUUGCUAAUAAAAAAGCGGAAAAACUGGAGAAUGAUGCAGCCGCUGAUGAAGAUCAACUCCUUCUGAGUGGCCUUCCAAGCUCUGAGCUGUGGUUGCGCGUGGAAAGAGUGCGAGAGGCGGCGCACUUCCUACCUGCUCCCGACUGCAUUUGGGCUCGCGAAGGUGACCCUCAGCGCCUGGUCUACCCUGAUGACAUGGCCAGUCUGUCUCAGCACAUCACCACUAAGAGCCUUGGCUUCAGAGUCGCCGCAGUGGCGCUGGUUGUGCUUGGAGUGCCGCCUCUUCCAUUCAGAGACUGCACUGUCAAGUGUCUCAGCAGCUACACCGUCCUGCCUAAUUUAGGUCUCCUCGCGUCGGGAUAUCCUAUAUUCAGUCCAGAUAUAAUUCUUCCAAGGAACUGGAUUGGAGAUGCUGCGUUGCAAAUCGCUUCAACUUGCGGUGCCACUGCCUGGAAACCCGCGCUGGGUGGAGAGCUUUACCGUGACCUCCUUUACAACUCGUUUUAUAAAUUUGCAACUAGCCUGCCUGAGCAAGAGGAGAGUAUUAUGAUGAGCUGGUGCCUUAGAUGGGAGACACUGUACGCCAGACUCAUGCCAACAAAUCAACAAACAAAAUCUUACAUGAGGAGCAGAGCAAAGAAGCUGUUGAAGAAGCCAAAUUACAGAACAGCAUUUCAACUAUUUAGAGAUUUUGCCAUGCUUGACGCAGCUUUGUCUGAAAGUUUGCAACCUGCUGAUAAAAUCCUAUCUGCGACAAUUCAAGCGUCGAGAGCUUCAGGUCUAAAAUGGCGUGAGUGCUCUGAUCGGGCUGGACUCUGCUCGAUUUACCGCACUCUGGCUGAAAUUUGGAUCCAGGAAGGGAAAACCAGCCAGGCUAUUACGCUGCUCUGCUCGUUGAUCGACAAAAACGUUGAUCCGUUCUGUCAAAACCCUCUUGGUCAAUCAACCAUUGAAGACUGCAUUGAAAAAUACGAAGACUUCUGCAGGGAAAUCCUGCAAAACCAGACCCAAGAAACUCUUCAUCUGGUGGACGCCUUUUCAGAAGACUUUCUCACAAAUGUCAUCGCGUGUUAUGCUUGGUUGAUGGUGUUGAGCAGGAACGUGUGGAUCGCUGGCGCAAUGCUCGAAGCCAUGAUUCUGCGCCUGGAGCAACUCGGCACCAUUAAGUCCAAGAGCCAGAAGGAAAUUGUCUACGAAAUCUACUGUGCCGUCAUGCAGAACCGAAGCCGCAACUCCUCCUGCGACACUGGACUGCUGCACAGCAUCAUUGAGAGAGCGCUUUCUGAGUUCCCCGACAACGCUGCGAUUCUUUCCAUUCAGGCCCAGUUGCAAAACACCAUUCGGCAGAUUUCAAAGCUGACCAGCACUGCGAAAAUCAAGUACAGUGCACUGGGUCACGCCAUGCGGAUUCUGUCUCUGGAGUAUCGGUCCAUGCUGCACGAGAGUGAGACGUUUGACCAAUCAGACGGGGCGAAGUGUGAGCCAAGGGUGGUUGCCCAGUACGAGAAAGUGCUGUCGAAUUUCGAGUUCAGGCACUGCCCUCUUUUGUGGCAGCUCUAUCUGCGGUACGUCGGUUUCAAGGCCACUCCAGAAACAAUCAGGACAGUUUUCUACAAGGCGCUUGAAGAUUGUCCCUGGGUCAAAGCGUUGUACAUGCAGGGAGCAAGGCUUUUGCCAGAAGAGUCAGCAAACAUUCAGGACUUGGUUGUGGAGAAGGAACUCAGGUUGCAUAUUGCUCCAGAGGAGUUGGAGCUAUUGAAAGGAGAGUAAUUUUAUCAAAGUUUGUACGAAUGCUAUUAAAAUAGUUUUCAAAGAGAGCUUUUUAAAUAACAA